AUGACAGCGGUGUCCAGCCUUCCCUCGCUGAGGAACUCCCAAACGUUUCCCGAUUCGUAUGAAGAUGCUGAUGGCCUUGAAAGCGUGGAUGAUGCUGUAAAGGUUGACGAGCAACAUUCCCUUGGCAAUGAAGACAUUGCAAGUGUUGAAGACACCAGACUGGCUAUGCUGCAUGCAGGAAAACGGUCGACGUCGAACACAGCUCCAACCUCAGUGGAGUGCUGCGGAAACUCAGAGUAUGGUCUCCUCAUCUACCGUUUCGAAGCAAUUCCUAUGAACCGCGAAAAUGCUAUCAAGAACUGCCAGCGCAAUGGUGGAGAACUGGCAGCGCCACUCAACAUGAAGGAAUUCAUUGUCCUGGAGAACCUCGUUCGUCCCCUGCUUCAAUCGCGUCAUGCUGCCUAUAUUGGAUAUAAUGAUGUUGAGGAGGAGGGUAAGUUUGUCGACAACAACGGACACCCAGCGGCGAUCAACAAUUUCCGUACCCAUGAACCAAACAACGUCCACAACGAAGACUGUCUGGUUAUAACUGCGGAUGGAAAAUUUAACGACAUUCCAUGCUCCACUGGACGCACAUCUAUCUGUGAAUUCAGAAUUCAUGGCUAUUAA